CUUUUCCUUUCAUAGCUGAGUCUUCUUCAACCUCUCUUUUUUUCUCGCAUUUUCUUUUCCUUGUUCGAUUUUUCCGGGAAAACAGCGGAAAGUCCCUCCAUUCUCCGUAUCUCACACUCCAUCGCAGUUCUCGGACCUCGCGUUUGCGUGGAUCUACUAGAAUCAGAAGGAGAAAUUCCAAUUCUAUUUCACAUUCCAUCACCCAAAACCUAAGGCGAUAUCCAGGCAGAUCUCUGCGGAUUUCUUCAUCUGUUUGUAAAGCUUUUCCUUUAGAGAUUUCUGGGUUUUUUCCUGGAUUUCUGAUGGGUUGGAGAUACAAAGCCGGUCUGUUCUUGAUCGGCACUGUUGUUGUCAUAUGGGUCACCUCUGCAGAAGUCACCCAGGAUAUCUUUACAGCGUAUAAGCAGCCGUUUGCUGUCACAUAUCUCGGUGCUUCUCUCAUGGUGGUUUAUCUUCCCAUAGCAUUUCUCAAAGACUGGAUUUGUAGAUUAUUAGAGCGACGAAGCUCUUCUAAAAGCAACAGAGUUCCCAAAGACGCCAUUGAUGUUCCGGAUGAGCUUAGUUCUCCUUUGAGACACAGAAUCGUCGAAAUGGAACUUUCAGGGUCUCUAACUAAGAAAGAUAGCGAUGUGGACCUUUCAUCUCAAGAGGAUGCGAGACCGUUGAUAGGUAAGAGUAAAGAAGAAGCACUGACACCGAGAAACGAAAAACAGUUCACCACAAAGCAGAUUGCCAUAUAUGGGUUUUACCUUGCACCCAUUUGGUUUAUAACAGAGUACCUUUCGAAUGCUGCUCUUGCACAUACAAGUGUUGCAAGUACGACUGUCUUGUCCUCGACCUCGGGGCUUUUCACUCUUUUCAUUGGUGCGAUGUUGGGCCAAGAUUCUUUGAACCUAUCGAAAGUUGUUGCUGUGUUUGUAAGCAUGGCCGGUGUGGCCAUGACAACCAUGGGCAAGACUUGGACUGCUGACGACUCUCAGUUAAAUUCAUCGCUCAACGGGCAGCGGUCCCUUUUGGGAGAUCUGUUUGGGCUUCUCUCAGCUGUCUCCUAUGGGCUAUUCACAGUGCUUCUUAAGAAGUUUGCCGGUGAGGAAGGAGAAGGGGCUGAUGUGCAGAAGUUGUUCGGAUAUAUUGGAUUGUUCACACUUGUUGCUCUCUGGUGGCUCGUGUGGCCAUUGACAGCUCUUGGGAUCGAACCCAAGUUCACAAUACCGCACUCGGCCAAAGUUGAUGAAGUCGUUUUGGCAAACGGGUUUGUCGGAAGCGUCUUAUCCGACUAUUUCUGGGCGCUGUGUGUUGUUUGGACAACGCCGUUGGUAGCGACCUUGGGGAUGUCUCUGACCAUUCCUCUUGCGAUGACAGCCGACAUGGUGAUCCAUGGGCGCCAUUACUCCGCAAUCUAUGUUCUUGGAUCGAUUCAGGUGUUUGCCGGAUUCGUGAUAGCCAACCUCAACGACUGGUUCUCCAAGAAGCUCCAUUUAUAGCAAGUCGCAUCUCUUCUCUCUUUCUUUUUUCUCUCUUCAAAUUGGUUGAUCUGAAAACAUAAAUGAGUAGACACUCCCUUUUUUUUUCUUUGGUUUUGUAAUGGAACUUUGGUUUAAAUGUACAAAAUCUGUUUUGAUUUGUCU